AUCUGUUCUUGAUCUGCGAUCGGUGCUGUGGGCACUGUUUCCGCUUCCAGUUCUUCCCAGUCUGAGGUGCGGUGAACUCGCUAUUUAUGUUCUUAAUGUCUGCCCGAACAAUGUGAUGCCAAUUUCUCAGGGGCAAUCCUGAUUUUGAAUUUUGAAUUACUUCCAGAAGAUAAGACAAUUUUGUUUCAGAUUUGUGGUUUAUCUAGAAGAAUAACAGAGAGGUGGACAGAGACAUUGGGUCUCUCUUCAUGUAUGCUUCUGUGGUAGAUCUCAUGCCAGUUGGAGAUGGUGUUGCCCAGGAUGAACUGUAAGACAAGACAAGCUUGGGAAGCCUCUCCUCAUAUUUGGCUGUGAAGGUUGAUUUGCCAGGUUCCACAUUGGAGACUAACUAUUAUUACAGAUUGAAACUGAGCUCUUAAUUUAGAGUUCAGGUUCAACAUGGGACGUCUAAAGCUACAAUCUGGAAUAAAGGCAAUUGAAGAAGAACCAGAAGACUCUGAGACUUCACCUUCGAGUAAAGCUGCCUUAGCAUGUAUGAUCAACUCCGAGAUAGGUGCUGUGCUAGCUGUUAUGAGGAGGAAUGUGAGAUGGGGAGGUCGUUAUAUAUCAGGUGAUGACCAGCUAGAGCACUCUCUGAUACAGUCACUGAAGGCAUUGAGGAAACAAAUUUUUUCAUGGCACACCAUAAAUCCUGCUGUUUAUCUCCAACCAUUUCUGGAUGUUGUUCGAUCUGAGGAGACUGGGGCGCCAAUCACGGGCGUAGCUUUAUCUUCUGUUUACAAAAUUUUAACAUUGGAUGUGCUUGAUUUAAAUACUGUCAACAUUGAGGAUGCUAUGCACUUGGUAGUUGAUGCUGUGACCAGCUGUAGAUUUGAGGUGACAGAUCCUGGAUCAGAAGAAGUAGUCCUAAUGAAGAUACUUCAGAUCCUUCUGGCUUGCAUGAAAAGUAAAGCAUCAAUUAUGCUGAGUAAUCAGCAUGUUUGCACCGUAGUGAAUACUUGUUUCCGAAUAGUUCAUCAAGCAGGAACAAAAGGCGAGUUGUUACAGCGGGUUGCUCGCCACACAAUGCAUGAACUUGUUAGGUGUAUUUUUUCACAUUUAAAGGAUGUCAACAGCACAGAAGGUUCUCUAGUUAAAGGAACCAGCUCUAUCAAACAUGAGAUUGGUGGCAUUGACAGUGAUUACAAUUUUGGGAGUAAGCAACUGGAGAACGGCAAUGGUAGUUCUGAAUAUGAUAGCCAACCAUCCUUAGCAAGUUUGGCUUCUAGUGCUUGCAGCGGUCUUGUUACUGGAGUGAUAGAUGACAUCACUGUCCGGUCUGGCAAUGGGAAAGAUUCUGUUCCAUAUGAUCAUUUAAUGACUGAGCCAUAUGGAGUCCCUUGCAUGGUUGAGAUAUUUCAUUUUUUAUGUUCAUUGUUGAAUGUUGUUGAGCACAUGGGAAUGGGUUCCAGAUCGAACACCAUAGCUUUUGAUGAAGAUGUGCCCCUUUUUGCUUUAGGUUUAAUUAAUUCAGCUAUUGAAUUAGGCGGUCCCUCUAUUGGUCAACACCCUAGAUUAUUAGGUUUGGUACAGGAUGAAUUAUUCCGUAACCUGAUGCAAUUUGGCUUGUCAGUGAGCCCACUUAUACUUUCAAUGGUAUGUAGCAUUGUUCUCAAUCUAUAUCAUCACUUGCGCACUGAACUCAAGCUACAGCUCGAGGCUUUCUUUUCUUGUGUGAUUUUGAGGCUGGCACAAAGCAGGUAUGAGGCUUCAUACCAGCAGCAGGAGGUUGCAAUGGAGGCUCUUGUGGAUUUCUGCAGGCAGAAGACAUUUAUGGUUGAGAUGUAUGCUAACGUAGAUUGUGAUAUAACGUGCAGUAAUGUUUUUGAAGACCUAGCCAAUUUGUUGUCUAGGAGUGCAUUCCCAGUGAACUGCCCUUUAUCUUCAAUGCACAUUCUUGCUUUAGAUGGCCUUAUUGCUGUGAUUCAGGGAAUGGCUGAGAGGAUAACCAAUGGAUUAGUCACCUCAGAGCAGGCGCCUGUAAAUCUUGAUGAGUACACCCCAUUCUGGAUGGUGAAGUGUGAUAACUAUAGUGAUCCUGAUCAAUGGGUUCCAUUUGUGCGGCGGAGGAAAUACAUUAAAAGGAGGUUGAUGAUUGGAGCUGAUCACUUCAAUCGAGAUCCAAAGAAAGGGUUAGAGUUUCUACAGGGAACACAUCUCUUGCCUGAAAAACUCGAUCCUCAGAGUGUGGCUUGCUUUUUCAGGUACACUGCCGGCUUAGAUAAGAAUCUUGUUGGGGAUUUUCUGGGAAAUCAUGACGAGUUUUGUGUUCAAGUUCUACAUGAAUUUGCUGGGACUUUUGAUUUUCAAGACAUGAAUCUUGAUACUGCAUUGCGCCUAUUCUUGGAAACUUUCCGACUUCCUGGAGAAUCACAGAAGAUUCAAAGGGUACUUGAGGCAUUCUCUGAGAGAUACUAUGAGCAAUCGCCUCAAAUUCUAGCUAACAAGGAUGCUGCUCUCUUGUUGUCUUAUUCAUUAAUUAUGCUUAACACAGAUCAGCACAAUGUACAGGUGAAGAAGAAGAUGACGGAGGAAGAUUUUAUUCGGAACAACCGGCACAUUAACGGUGGUAGUGACCUUCCUCGAGAAUUUCUGUCAGAAUUGUAUCACUCCAUAUGCAAAAAUGAGAUCCGCACUACCCCAGAACAUGGUGCUGGGUUCCCUGAAAUGACACCAAGCCGGUGGAUUGAUUUAAUGCAUAAAUCCAAGAAAACUGCUUCAUUCAUUGUUUCUGAUUCCAAAGCCUACCUUGACCACGACAUGUUUGCUAUAAUGUCUGGCCCAACCAUUGCUGCCAUCUCUGUGGUAUUUGAUCAUGCAGAGCAUGAAGAUGUGUACCAAACCUGUAUAGAUGGAUUCUUAGCUGUGGCUAAGAUAUCUGCAUGCCAUCAUCUUGAAGAUGUUCUGGAUGAUCUGGUGGUGUCUCUCUGUAAGUUUACAACCCUCUUAAAUCCAUCAUCUGUUGAAGAACCAGUCCUAGCCUUUGGUGAUGACACAAAAGCUAGGAUGGCAACUGUAACAGUCUUCACUAUUGCAAAUAGGUAUGGUGAUUUCAUCCGCACAGGAUGGAGAAAUAUCUUGGAUUGCAUCCUAAAAUUGCACAAACUUGGUCUUCUUCCUGCUCGUGUGGCCAGCGAUGCAGCAGAUGACUCGGAGCUCAGUUCUGAGCCAGGACACGGGAAGUCUCUCACAAAUUCUUUAUCUGCAGCUCACAUGCAAUCUAUAGGUACUCCUAGGAGAUCUUCUGGGCUGAUGGGCCGCUUCAGUCAGCUCUUAUCUCUAGACACAGAGGAGCCAAGGUCCCAACCUACUGAACAACAACUUGCCGCUCAUCAGCGCACUCUACAGACCAUUCAGAAGUGCCAUAUUGACAGCAUAUUCACGGAGAGUAAGUUUCUGCAUGCGGAUUCUUUAUUACAGCUUGCACGAGCACUUAUUUGGGCUGCAGGGCGACCCCAAAAGGGGAAUAGUUCUCCUGAGGACGAAGACACUGCAGUUUUCUGCUUGGAGUUGCUGAUUGCAAUUACCCUUAACAACCGGGAUAGGAUUGUCCUCCUCUGGCAUGGUGUAUACGAGCACAUAUCUAACAUUGUUCAAUCAACAGUUAUGCCUUGUGCCCUGGUUGAGAAGGCUGUUUUUGGACUCCUCAGGAUUUGCCAGCGGCUGCUCCCUUAUAAAGAGAACCUGGCUGAUGAACUGUUGAGGUCUCUGCAACUGGUUCUGAAACUAGAUGCCCGUGUUGCUGAUGCAUACUGUGAACAAAUCACACAGGAAGUCAGUCGUCUUGUGAAAGCAAACGCCACACACGUCCGUUCCCCAAUGGGGUGGCGAACAAUCACAUCCUUGCUCUCCAUUACAGCACGUCACCCUGAAGCUUCUGAAGCUGGAUUUGAUGCAUUAUUGUUCAUUAUGUCUGAUGGAGACCACUUGUUGCCAGCCAAUUAUGUUCUCUGCAUAGAUGCAGCAAGGCAGUUUGCUGAGUCUCGUGGACAGGCCGACAGAUCUUUGCGAGCUCUGGAUCUCAUGGCGCGUUCUGUCACUUGUUUAGCACAGUGGGCGCAAGACUCUAAGGAUGCCUUGGGAGAAGUGGAUGCUGUGAAAAUGUCUCAAGACAUAGGAGAGAUGUGGCUGAGGCUAGCACAGGGCCUGAGAAAAGUUUGUUUGGACCAAAGAGAGGAAGUCCGGAACCAUGCUCUCUUGUCACUCCAGAUGUGUUUGACAGGAGUGGAUGGCAUCCGCCUUCCCCAUGGCUUGUGGUUACAGUGUUUUGACCUCGUCAUAUUCACCGUGCUCGAUGACUUGCUCGAGAUCGCUCAGGUCCACUCCCAAAAAGACUACCGGAACAUGGAAGGGACCCUAAUCCUUGCCUUGAAGCUUCUCUCUAAAGUGUUCCUGCAAUUGCUCCACGAGCUCUCCCAGUUAACAACCUUCUGCAAACUAUGGCUGGGCGUGCUCAGCCGGAUGGAAAAAUAUCUCAAGGUAAAAGUCCGAGGAAAGAAGAGCGAGAAGCUUCAGGACCUCGCCCCUGAGCUCCUCAAGAACACCCUGCUUGUAAUGAAGAACAUGGGAGUCCUUGUGCAGAGGAGUGCCCUUGGUGGAGAUAGCUUGUGGGAGCUCACAUGGUUGCAUGUAAAUAACAUCUCUCCAGCCCUGCAAUCUGAAGUCUUCCCGAGUCAAGAUUCAGAGCAGUCGCUGCACCCCGAAGCAGCUCGAACAGAGGAAAAUCUGGCUCCAAACCAGGUAGUCGCCUCGGAAGGUCCCCAUUCGGGAGGGUGAGCCAUUCCACAUGACCUCUCAUCUUUGAAUGCAGGCCGCCGUGAAUCUGGCAUGGCUGUAUAUCUGUGUUCCUAUCAGUAUUAGAUUAGAUAUGCUGGAAUUUGCAGUUGAAACUGAUUGAGUUGCUCUAAAUGUCAUGAGUAUUGUUUCGACUUGCAAGAUCCAAUUCAUAAAAAGUGAUGCAAGAGUAUGUGAAGUUGAGGUUGA